AUGCGACUGGCUGACUCUGUUGACGAGGCAAUAUUGACCAGGGUUAUUAAGGAACGAUGGAGUCGCCGCGGGAUGUGCUCGGCGUUGCGAGCCCGGAAAAAACAAUCUAAUGAGAUGAACGGAGAGAGGGUGUCCCGAAAAACUAGCUUAUUAAUCCCGCACCGCGGGGAAAUGACGCUUAUGAAACAGCGUCCGGAAGAUGCAAAAAAUGCGCGGAGGGACCGAGCGGAACCGCCAGUGCUGCCAACGCCAGACAUGCUGACCUGCGGCGUGUGCUCCAAGGAGUUCGUGCUAGAGGACAUAGUGAAGUUCAUUCAACACAAAGUGAACUCGUGCAACAAAGAAAACUACGUGCAGUGCAGCGAGCGGGACGAGGACGCGGACGGCGGUAGUCGCAAGUCCGACGGCGUGGAAGCCGACAACGGGAACGCUGACGACGCCGAGCCCGUGUCGACGGACGUCGUGCGUCGCACGCCCAGCAUUUCGGCGCCGCUCGCUGGCCGCCGCCCGCGCCCCACGCCCGCCGCCAACCACGCGUCGUCCCCCGACCAGUCCGCCCUGAGGAAGCACUUGUCGUCGACGAAGCGCAGGCGCGACGACGACUCUGCUGACGAGUCCGCCGACGCGGACGACGCUGCUUCCAAGGACAUGCGGCUCUCGCCGCUGACCGCAUUCCGCGGCUCGUCCGCCGAAUCCUCCGAUCAUCGCCCUGGCAACGUCAUAAUCUGGUUCUCGAAUGGGCCGGAAAGUACGGAUGCGAACAAUGACGUAAAACGAGCUGAAUACCGAGUGUGGUUCCCCUGGCGAAAUGAGUUGUGCUCAUCCCCUCUGAAGGAUCCUGCAGAGAACACCGUUGAGACACUUGCAAUUCUUCUGGGUCAGGGUUGCUCCAGCCUCCUUUUCAGCCACGACCGCAAACUUGUCAUUUGCACUCGCCAGACGUUCUACUCGUGGCCUCAUUGA